AUGUUUGGUUUGAGAUUGAUCAGAACAAAUGCUUUUGGUACCAGAGCUGGCACUAGAGCUGGAACUAGUGGCAUCAGAGUGGUAGGUUUAAACAAUUCAAUUGCUAAAAACAAUGGGUUGGGCAUUCAAUCUGUUCGUUAUCGUAGUACCAAUCCUAGAAAGAAUGAAAUAAAGAUCAGAUAUUUGUUUUACAUGUUUGUAUUAUCCUCCAUAACAGUGUUUUUCGCCGGGAGACAAAUAGAUAAGAAAAGAGUGAAGAAUAGUUUCAACAGUAAAGAAGAAAUGGAAGCUUAUGAGGUGGAGACAGGAAUAAGAAGAAGAAGUAGAUUAAUCAAUAAUGACAAGUUCAAAUUUAUUUCCUUACCCAUCAUGACAGAAGCUUUGAAAGACAAGGUCAUCAAAGAAAACAGUACCAGUAAUGUCCAAAUUGUUAAUCCAGAAACCUUAAUCGAGGAAGAGAUGAAAGAUACUUCUAAAACAUAUUGCUUUCUUUUACAAGAUUUGAAAGCUCAGAACAAACCAUUACCAAAAGGAUUGGUCACAGCCGUGGUCAAAAACCACAUCAUCUCGUACAAAUCAGACGAAGAUACUUUAUUCAUACUCGAGAACUAUCCUUUAAAUACUGACGAUGCUUCUAAAUUCGAAAAUGAUGUAGCCUUGAUUAAUAAAGUCGUGGUUAACAAAGGCGAUUACGAACGUGAAGUUGGUAACGUGAUCCAAUAUUUUGACACAGUUGGAAAAACUGAAGUGGUAUAG